AUGAAUAACUUUUUGCAGGAAGAUGCUUUCCACCAGCGCCCGUCUAUCAAGAUUGUACUGCCUGACGUUAUCAAGGGUCUCCUUGUCGAUGACUGGGAGGCUGUGACCAAGAACUGCCAGCUAGUUCCGCUUCCUCACCCCAAGCCCGUCACGGUUGUCCUUGACAACUACCUCGAGUACGAGAAGGCCCAGCGCCAAGAGGGUUCUUCUUCUAUCGACAUCCUCGAGGAGACCAUUGCCGGACUGAAGGAGUAUUUCGACAAGUGCUUGGGUCGCAUCUUGCUUUACAGAUUCGAGCGCGCUCAGUAUGCUGAGGUCCGCGAGAAGUGGAGCACCGAAGGUUCUGAGCUGUACGGCAAGGCUCCCAGCGAUACCUAUGGUUCCGAGCACCUGAUGCGUUUGUUUACUUCACUGCCCGAGCUUGUCGCCCAAACCAACAUGGAUCAACAGUCUGUGAAUCGACUUCGCGAGGAGCUGACCAAGUUCACUCAGUGGCUCACACGCAAUGCACAAGACUACUUCUUGAACGAAUAUGAGGUUCCCAGCGCAGAGUAUUCUGAAAAGGCAAAGAACUAG